AUGGGUAGACUUAGAAGCCCCCUUUGCUUUCUGUCUCUUCUUGUUCUUUUCCUCGCCGCCGAAUCCGCCGAUUACACCUCCUUGGUGUACAAGGGCUCUGCAAAGCAAGCUCUGACAGAUCCAUCUGGGGUAUACUCGCAAGCUCUCUCAUCCCUGUUUGGUUCUCUGGUUUCACAAUCCUCAAAAACCAAGUUCUUCAAGACCUCCGCCGGCGGCGGCCAGACCAACGUUUCAGGCCUUUUCCAGUGCCGGGGUGAUCUCUCCAACGUUGACUGCUACAACUGCGUCAGCCGUCUCCCCGUGCUUAUCGACAAGCUCUGCGGCGGGGACCCUGCGGCCGCCAGGGUCCAGCUCCAGGGCUGCUACAUGCUUUACGAGGUCGCCGGAUUUUCUGAGGUCUCCGGCAUGGAGAUGCUCUACAAGACCUGCUCUGGCAAGAACGCCGCCGGCAGCGGCUUCGACGAGCGCCGGGACGCGGCUUUCUCGGCGCUGACGAACAAUAUCGGAAGCUCCCCUGGGUUCUACACGACGAGUUACCAAUCGGUGUACGUGUUGGGUCAGUGUGAGGGAGAUUUAAGCACUUCUGAUUGUGGGAACUGCGUGAAGACCGCUGUGCAGAGGACUCAGGUGGAGUGUGGGAGCUCUGUUUCGGUGGUUGAAGGGGUUAAGAUUGAUUAUUGUAAUAAUGCUGGGAUGCAUUUGAUUCGUGUAGGGUCCGGAACAAAUACAGGGAAGACGGUGGCUAUCAUAUUGGGUGGUGCGGUAGGAGUGGGGUUUGUGGUGGUUUUGUUGAUGUUUGCGAGAAACUUGCUGAAGAAACAUGACGGUGAGCAUUCUAAAUCUUUUGACGUUUUUAAUUACUGUUUACAUAUACAUUGA